UUCCUCAUUCUUGUCUGUUCGUGAGCGGUGGACUUCACUCUAAGUAAAGAAAGAAAGAAAAAGAGAAGAAAACAGGACUUCAGAAGGGCUACAAUUAACACACAUAACCAUAAGGGUUUACUUGGGACUUGCAAAAACACGUGAGCUGAUGCAUGGUGGCAGUGAAAUGACUGAGACGGUACGGACACAGGCGUUAUAAAAGUUAUCAAAAGGACUGACUAUUGUGUUAUUCGUAUGUAUGGCAGCCCUAUUGGAAGUUGAAGAAAACCUAUCCUCACCAGGAGAUGCAUCAGGAGAAACUGAAAGCUGUAUACAUGCUCAAUUGGAAUCAACAACACAAAACUCGGGUGAAUGGAUAGGUCACUCAGCCCACUCAUCCACAAGAGAAGGUCAGUCCGUACAACCUCCGUACGAUGCAAGUCCUAGGCGAAAUAAACCUCGCGAUGCUAUCCUUGUUAUUGAUGAUGAUAAAAAGCGAUUUCCUACAAGAAACGCCAAUACUUCGAAUGAUGCAAUAGUUGAUCAAAGCACGGAAAACAGUGCCGAACGUGAAGAUAAAAUUGAGACCAAUCAACAAGUUGCACCACAGCAGUGCGUUAGUGGAGGAAGAGAGUCCUCUUCUCUUUGGAUUGUAUUUUCAUGCGCAAGAAAUAGAGAGUCUGUCCAGGUUUUUUUACGUAAUAAUCUUGGUGCCUUCAUAAGUGAUAUAGAGGAGACCAAGUAUGAUCAUACUCAAAUGAUAAAAAGUGCUGUAAUACAAUUUUCAAGCAACGCUAGAGCGAUAAACGCCCUUCACAUUCUGAAAUGUAAGGAAGAAUUCAGUUCAGUCGAAUUGGUUAUAGAAUUGUGUAAGAGAAUUCGUGCAGAUAAUGGAAAAUGCCUAGCAAAGCAUGAGAAUAAAAUUGAGUGUUUAAAAGGGAAACUUUCACGGCUCGCAACAAAGAAAGGUUAUAUCGACAUUGACAAGCAUCAGCAAAUAUCUGAAGAAAGAAAAGCUUUGAAUUUGAAGAUUUCAGAAUGCGAGCAACAGAGAUAUGAGUUUGAAAUUUAUGUAGAGAAUCAACUAAUUUGUCUCUCAUGUAACAUAGAGGUCUCAGUGUUAAAUGCCAUUGAAGCAAAAAUGGUUCGUGAACGCAACCACCUUAUAUCGGCCCUUCCUAUAUAUGCUCGGCGUUCAGAAAUUGUUCUAACUGUGUUUAAAAGCCAAGUGACUGUGCUUGUUGGUGAAACUGGGUCUGGGAAGAGUACCCAGGUGGUUCAGUAUCUGUAUGAUGCAGGGAUGGCAGAGAAUGGUGUCAUAGUGUGUACCCAGCCUAGAAAGGUGGCAGCUAUUACUCUCGCUAAGCAUGUUAGCAAAGAGAUGCAUGUAAGCCUUGGCGAGGAACUAGGGUAUAAGGUGGGUAUGCAUAAAAAGUGCUGUAAGAGAACCAAAAUAAUUUACAUGACUGAUCAUAAUUUUGCUUCUGAAUGAAUGCAUUGCAGACCGUCAGCUUUCCAAGUAUUCUUGUGUCUUAAUUGAUGAGGCUCACGAACGAAGCAUAAACACAGAUAUGCUUCUGGCUUUUAUUAAGCAGUGCCUACCAUCAAGAAAUGAUUUGAAAUUAGUCAUAAUGUCAGCCACAAUUGAGCCUGAGCUGUUUGUUAAAUAUUUCGAGAAAUGUGAAAAAGAAAAUGAUGUGGUGUCAACUAUUAGAGUUUCAGGAAGAACCUUCCCAGUUGAGGUGGAGUAUGACCCUCUCCACUCUAGAGUGGUACUUUCAGCAGAUAGUGAUUAUGUGAUGCGUGCGGUAGAGGUUGUGAGGACCAUUCACAACAAACAACCACCAGGUGAUAUUCUAGUAUUCCUGACGUGUGCACCUGAGAUCGAGAGGGCUUGUAAAGAAGUCGAAUACUACCUUCAGCAUGAAGCUGUUGUACUACCGUUACACGGAAAAUUACCUCCAGAGGAGCAACAGAAGGUGUUUGACGAGAGCAUUGGUAGGAGAAAGGUCAUCUUCUCCACAAAUGUUGCCGAAACCUCUGUCACUAUCCCUGGUGUGAAGUACGUCGUAGACACAGGUCUUUCAAAAGAAAUGCACUUUGAUUCUAGAAAAAAUAUGGAUUCGCUCGAAGUUUGCAUGAUCAGCAAGAGCUCGGCAGAACAGAGAAAAGGAAGAGCCGGUCGAGUCAGUUCAGGUAAAUGCUACCGUCUGUACACUGUGGAUGAUUAUGCGUCCAAAAUGCCAGACAGAUCAAAGCCAGAAAUUCUAAGGAUCCAGUUAUCGCACGUCGUUUUGAAGAUGCUUGAGUUUGGUGUACCGAAUGUCCUCACGUUUGAUUUUGUAGAGCACCCAGACCGCAAUGCUCUGGAGGCUGCUGUUGACACACUAAAAUCUGUGGGGGCCAUUGAAGACAGUAAUCUAACAGAGCUUGGCAGAAAAAUGGCAGUCCUUCCUUUACAACCACAGUUGUCUAAAGUAUUAUUGGACGGUGUAAGUAAAGAGGUAGGCACCGAAGCACUUGUUUCGGUGGCCCUGUCCAGCCUUUCAGGGCAGGUGUUUUUUCGUGGCGGAACAGAUGAGAUGAAAGAAGAGAGUGACAAGAAGAAACUCCAUUUUUGUCACCCACUGGGUGAUCAAAUGACAAACCUUUCAGUUUACCAAUGCUGGCAAGGGGUAGAUAAAAGUAAACAAAGGAAGUGGUGCUUUGAACAGUUUGUCAAUGCAAAGAGCAUGCGUGUAGUGGAAGACAUGGUGAAGGAGCUAAGACAUAUCUUGUUAAAAAAGCUUAAAAUUACCCUGAGUUUAAUCGUUGAAUCGCUUGAUGCUGCUGAGUGUUAUUUGGGUAAACUCUAUUUUGAUGCUUUCGUCAACAAUCUGGCUGUAUAUCUUGGGCACCAAAGGGCUGGAUACAUGACCACUGCCUUACGCGACAGUAGCAGCUCGUUUCUAAUAUUUCCAGGAUCUUCCCUCAAUCAUCUUGGUUGUACUCCGAAAUAUGUAUUGUAUGAGAAAACACUAAAAACAUCACGCCAAUUCCUUACACAGGUCAUGUCUGUUAAACAAGAAUGGAUCGAUGAAGCUGUGGCCACAGGAAGACUAACAGAGGAUCCAGCAGUAACAUAUGCUAACCACAUGGUCUUGCCCCUACAUGUUGUCUGUACUGGCCCACAAACUCUCAAGGAAAUGAGGCUUAAACGAAUUGAAGUACUGGAGACUGUGGCAGUUCACACUGGACCAUGUACCAUAGCUCCUUUUUUCGAUUUAUCUCCUGAACCAAAGCAAUGGGGUGUUAUCCGUGUCAUUGCACAGAGGAAAGAUCACGAUGCUCUUCAGCUAGUUGUAGCUAGUACAGUUGGUGAUAUACAACAACAAUACAAAGAGCAAACAAAAGAGUUUAGUCUUACCAAUGAGCAAGACUGGACAAGAGCAGUUAUUGGUGCAGGUGGGACAGUGCAGCAAAUGAUAAUGCCAUACCAAUUUCGCUCGGUAAUUGUUGUGAGUAAUAGUGAAAGUGAAUCGCCUGAAAAAAUUACAAGCUGUCUGCAGAAAUAUGGCAAAGUAAAGACAACAAAGAUGAUGAGAAAUGAUGCAAAUGGACUUAGAUUGUGUGUUACCUACAGCACUGCAUCUGAAGCUAAACGUGCCAUCAAAGAGUUUGACUCUCCAACUGUACGCCUAUACCCUCAGAAAGGGCAGCAGUUUACUCUGAGACUAGAGUGGGAGAGACGUGAGAGAGCAACCCAUGCCUCUCUCUCAUUUGACAGCCCUCAACACUGCAAUACCGCCUUAAUGGAACUUGGCUUCUCUAUAGCCUAUAUGGGAUUCAAAAUCAAAAUUUUGCUUGAUAAAUAUAGCCACAACAAGCUGUUUAUGUCUAGUCAAAUUCUAUGCUUAUGUGAGGAGCAAUCGUUGAUUGAAGAGAUAAGACGGCGUGUCAGUCCAAACUUUUCCCUGAAGAUGGGCUACAAAAAAUACGACAAUGAAUACCCGUAUCUGCAACCCCAUGGUAGAAAGAAUCGUCGACCCCAUGCUCAAAACGCGUAUGUGCUACAUUCUGAAGAUGGCAGUGAGGCGGAUGAUAGUGAAUCCAGUAGUGAAGAAGAUGAGACUGUGAACAGAAUAACUGAAGGAGAGCUUAAGAGAUUUAAGGAGAGUAUGGAGGCCUAUAUUAAAGCUAUUAUUCGUGUAUAUGUGGAACAAGGGACAUUUCGUGUUAACUUCGUAAUUCCUCGUGAGUGGGACAUACGUUUCAGAGCGUACGUUACAUUUGAUGACCCUGAUGAGGGCUACAAGUUGCUAUAUUCUGAUUUGGACCAGGAAUGCAUAAAUGAAAAGAAACUUUGCGUGAGUCCGAAUCUUAAAUGUUUGCUCUCUUUCAAGCAAGAAGUAUACACCCUAAUCUUUGACGAUCUCGACAAAGCAAGAAAAGAUCUUCUUCGGCGCUACCUAAAACUUGUUUACAUAAAAGUUAUCCCACCGGACAAAAAAGUGCAGAAUUUGACCAGAAUUUCGCUGACUGCAUACGAUGUAAAGGUGUUUUCGGUUGCGCAGCGGGAGCUUUAUGAAGCAGGUCAACUGUACACAUUACACUGCAACACUACAGAGCUGCAAGAGUACAUGCUGUGUCAUGACUCUCACAAACACCUUCAAGACACUAAAGAAACUACAUCAACGUACAUAUGCCGUGAUCCAAGUACAAUGGUUAUAAAAAUCUAUGGAGACGGCAAAAACAAAGAAGCUGCAAAAGCUGCAAUUGAAGAGAAAGCGAAGCAAUUAUUCAGUGAUGGAGCAUUAGUUACAGAUCUGGGUCUGAGAGGUGAGGGGAAGGCACCAGGACUCAUGAAACACCUGGUAACUAGGUAUGGAUGCGAUCUGAAUGGUAUGCUGGAAUUUGAGGGUGUACGGAGAAUCACUUUAAAUCCGCAUUUACAUCUUUUAUCAGUGCUUGCCACGGAGAGAGGUCUUGAUGCUAUAAGGAAAUGUGUCGAAGAAGUCUCAGUUUCUUCUCAGGUCGUUCAGAGAAAGAUGGAAGGUGAAUAUGACUUUGAAUGUGUGGCAUGUUUUACCACCAUCGAUGAACCCAAGGAAAUAGUGCGCUUGGAAUGCUGUGGUCAUGCAUUCCACACUGACUGCAUUAAAAUUCAACUAAAGCCAGAUACUCUUACGCUACCAGUAAGGUGUGCUAAGGAAGACUGUUCCGAGGAGUUUGUACUGAAAGACUUUGAAAAUUUACAGAAGAAACUGAAAACGUUCCGAAUGCCAGUCCUUGUUUCUGCAGCUAUACAA